AUGGGAGAUAAUCACCCUCCAAGCAAGCGACGUCGCUUAGACGCAACCACCGCUCUUUCAAGACCUUUCAAGUCUCCGCUGCGCAAACCCGUGCCGGUCGAGGAUGAGUCUCCAACAUCACCCCUCACCCCUGACGCGGCUGAAAUCGCCCAAGACGAGACUUGUACACCUAAAGAUCUUACUCAAAGGGCUGAUUACCCUACAUUAUCACCGCUGUUAUCGCAGGCCACGCGCACAAUGAGACCUACGCAUCACUCUGCAUUUGCCACGCCAACGCAGUCGCCUCUUGCAGACCCGGAGCUCUUGCGCUUACAGAAGCAAGAGCGUGCGCUACAAUCCCGGCUUGCAGGUCUACGCGAAGAGCUCAACGUCGCAAAACAAGCACUACGCGUCGAGUCCUCAAAUAAAGGUGCGGAGCUUGAGGGAUUGAUCACAAAGUGGCGUCAUGCGAGCCAGGAAGCCGCCGACGAGGUUUUUUCUGGUGCCCAGGAACGAGUGACUAUGAUGGGUGGUCUGACAGCGUGGAGAGAGCGUUCGAAACGUGAUGCCUUUCAGUGGAACCACGAGGAGGAGGAAGAGAAGGAACAUGUGGAUGAGUGCGAAGAUGUUAAUCGGGAGCUAGGCGACGUAUUUGUGAAGAAGAAGAAUGGCUCCAAGGUACAGGAGGAAGAGUCUCAUGACGAGGUAAUCAUGGAGCUAUUUCGACACUCUGAUAUGUGGAUGUACAGGAACUGA